UGGGUAUGCUGGCUCUGGCAGUUCUCGGCCUUGUUGGCCUCGUCUCGUAUUCCCAUGCUGCUGAUACAGUUACCGUAACCAAGCAGGUCUACUUCGAUAUUACUAUUGGAGGAACACCAGCCGGUCGCAUUGUUAUUGGUCUGUUCGGCAACGUUGUGCCAAAAACCGCUGAGAACUUCCUGCAGCUUGCUACCGGAGCUAAAGGUUAUGGGUACAAGGGCAGCAAGUUCCACCGUGUAAUCAAGGACUUCAUGAUUCAAGGAGGUGAUUUCACUCGUGGUGAUGGAACCGGAGGCAAAUCCAUCUAUGGUGAACGUUUCAAGGAUGAGAACUUCUCUCUCCAACACUACGGACCUGGAUGGCUGUCGAUGGCUAACGCUGGCCCUGACACUAACGGAUCACAGUUCUUCAUCUGCACUGUCAAGACCCCAUGGCUUGAUGGACGCCACGUCGUCUUCGGAAAGGUUCUCGAAGGAAUGAGCGUCGUCCGAAAGAUUGAGAGCACCAAGACCAAUCCUGGAGAUCGCCCUGCUGAUGAUGUUGUCAUCUCCGACAGUGGUGAGCUUCCAUUGGCC